AUGGCAUCGUCUCCCGAACCGCAGCGCGGAAACCAGUCCGACAACGCUGCAACUUUAUCUCCCGACGGGCCGUCAAAGCCUUCAGGGUUGCGAGCAGUGUCCUCGAAAGACCGCCUGUCCACAUACUCAAAUGCGUCGCACACUUCACAGAAUUGGUCGCGACCUGCGUCUAAUGUAUUCCCUGCCUUUCAGUCCAGCUUGCCUUAUGCCUUAGUUCGCGACUUUGCGUAUCCUGCCAUUCACCCUCUUCAUUAUGGACCUCCGCCACGCACGUCAGGCGUGUCUACUCCUGUUAGCGAGAGCCGACGACUGUCAGAUCCCCAACCUGCGUCAUGGGAUGGCUCAAAGAGCCACUGGUCUACGGGAUCCUGGUCAUCUGACAGCUCUUAUGGGCAUCAACAACUUCCUGCUAUGUCCUUUGGCGAUGGGCCUCCAUAUAGUGAGGAUGAAGAUCUACAUAGCCCGAUUGUCACGUCUCGUCAUCGCAAACAUAAAUCUGCGCACGUUUUAGAGGGAAGAAGAGGGAGAAGCCCGGGUGACAGUGGUCGUGAUUUCAGUUACUCUAAUGAAAGUGAUCGAGGCACACUCGUGAGCUUAAAUGGUGACGGCAGUGAGACGUAUUAUGUCAAAGACGAUGAUGCAACUGGUGAUGGACCUGGUGGCGAGUUUGUCACGUAUUCCGCCGGUGAACGUGAGUAUUCUGGAACGUAUGGGACUGCAGAUUUCGGCGAGUCAAACUAUGCAUCGUAUGGCGACGAGGGCUAUGGUUACGAUAGGGACCCUGAUUCCGAUGACGAUAUCUCAGAUACUGAUCCUUCUCGGUAUUCUCGUGAUUACCAAUUCUCCAUUGCGUCACCGGAUGAAGAGAUGCACGGAAAAGCCGUCGCGCUUUUUGAUUUCACUAGCGAACAUGAAAAUGAGCUUCCUUUGAAGGAGGGUCAGGUGAUAUUGGUUUCGUACCGACAUGGCCAAGGCUGGUUGGUGGCCGAGGACCCCAAAACUGGUGAAAGUGGGCUCGUCCCCGAGGAAUUUGUUCGGUUGGUGCGUGAUAUUGAGGGUGGUUUGACAUCUCUUCGUGGAGAGCUCAACAAUGGUGAUGUCGAGUCCAGUGCUCAUCUCAAUCCGAUGACAUUGGACCAAGAUGGCACACCCACGCAGACUGAAAAUUCUAUAUCAUCCUCAAACAGUCUUUCUACUUCGCCUGGUAACGGGACGCACGAGAAACACCCGUCUGUGAUCUCCACUUUCUCCACCAGUAGCCGCGAUCUGGAACCAUAUCCCACUCAUUUGUUGGCAGACAGUCAGGGGAAAGCAAGUCCGCAGCAGGUGGAUCAUUAUGAUGAGAAGAAAGUCGAGAAUAGUAAUCAUACCGACACCAUUUCGGGUGAGACUACGGAGUGA